UCCUCUGAUGUUGCUUGGCCUGCUGUGUUCAUCCAGCUCCACACCUUGUUAUCUCUGGAACUCUCUCACUCGUGUUUGUGCGCAUAAAUAAACCCUCACCCUUCAGCUGGUUAGUUCCAUUAGGGAAUAUAAAACGGGUAAACUUGUGCUACUGGCAGAAUGUGAGCCAACAGCACAGACGAGAAUCAGUGCUUUGCAACGGAAUGCGAUGUUCGCUGGUGAGGUAAAUAGAUCAGAAAUACGAUCCGUGUUGGACAGCCCAUUCUCAAUCAGGUCAGACGGGCACAUUGCAUUUAAAGACCUUCCUAAAAGUUUGUAGCCUGGUAGGAUGUCCAGCUCGGAAAUGAUUUCCCCUCCAGCGUUGUGUGAACUCCGGGCAAAGGUCGAACAGCAGCAACAGAGACACAGACACACACAGACAGAGAGACAGAAAGCUGUUGCAGUAUGUCCAUGCCGCUACGCUCGCUCCUCACCGCCAAGCCAGUGCCCCUGCCCGCAAUUCGGGCUUUCAGGUGCAAAUCCACCGUGAGAGCGUCGGUCGGGGAGCGAGGGGCUUUGAAAACCGUGGAGGAUCUCCCCGGGAACGGCCUGCUGUCCAACUUCUACUGGUAUUUCAUCAAAGGAUACAACGACAAAACCCACGAGUUUCAGAUUGUGCAGAAGAAGAUGUUUGGUCCCAUCUGGAAGAAUAAGUUCGGCCCCAUCACUGUCAUCAAUGUGGCCACUGCUGAUUUGAUUGAGCAGGUUUUGCGACAGGAGGGCAAAUACCCGGUGCGGGCCCUUAUGCCACACUGGCGAGAGUACAGAGAGUUGAGAGGGCAAGCUUAUGGACCGCUUUGUGAAUACGGAGAGAAAUGGCAUCACAUGCGGACCAUAUUGAAUCCCAAGAUGCUGAAGCCAAAAGAAGUGUCUAACUAUUCUCCUGCCAUCAAUGAGGUGGUAACUGACUUUGUGAAGAAGGUUCGUUGGGUGAGAGAAAACCAGGGCAGAGGGGUGAUGUUGAACGAUGUGUCCAGCGAGCUGUACAAAUUUGCAUUUGAAGCAAUCUGCACAAUACUGUUUGAAAUGAGAAUGGGAUGCCUGGAGGAACAUGUUCCUGAGGAAACGGAUAAAUUCAUCAAGGCCGUGUUUGAAAUGUUCCGCCUCUCCGCCGUUAUUGUCUUCUUUCCGAAAGUUUUGUGGCCCUAUAUACCGCAAUGGAAACAAUUUGUAGCAGCGUGGGACUACAUCUUUUACAUCACUGAGAAGCUUGUCGACAAGAAGAUGAGAGAGAUACAGGAGCACGUUGAGAAGGGCAGAACAAUAGAAGGAGAGUACCUCACAUAUCUACUAGCCAAUACCAAGAUGACUCCUGUCGAUGUAUAUGGCAGUCUGUGUGAGCUCCUGUUAGCUGCAGUGGACACCACCUCCAACACGACCUCUUGGAUCCUGUACAAUCUGGCUCAGGACCCCUCCACUCAACAGCAGCUGUAUGAAGAAGUGAGCAAUGUUUGCCCCGGAGACCAAAUCCCAGAAGCAAAAGAUUUUGCCAACAUGCCACUCUUGAAGGCAGUGGCCAAAGAGACUCUCCGGAUGUAUCCUGUUGUACCUGGUAAUGCUCGGCUUGCUGUGGAGAAGGGAGUGGUGGCUGGAGGAUAUUACUUCCCUAAAAACACCCUCUUCCACCUGUGCCACUAUGCCAUUUCUCAGGAAGACAGCGAGUUCAGUCAGUCCAGGAGUUUUCAGCCAAGCCGUUGGCUUCGCGAGAAGGGAGAGGAGACGAAGAAGCACCAUCCCUUUGCCUCUAUUCCUUUUGGUUUUGGUACCCGUACCUGCCUGGGCAAGAGGGUGGCAGAGCUGGAGAUGUUCAGUGUGAUCUCACGGUUAAUCAAACACUUCGAAGUCAGGCCAGACCCCUCAGGGAAAGUGGUGACGGCGAUGACGAGGACUCUGCUUUGUCCUGGAAGCCCCAUCAAUCUGCAGUUCAUUGAUAGAAAGUGACUGAGUAAUUAAAGCUUGCCUGAAACGCUGUGCCCCCUUUCGCCGGGCCCACUGUCUUUCCCCAGCGUUGAGGACCCAGCCUUGGCCAAAUUUGGAGAGGGGGUGUGAUAAAUUCCCACAAGGGAUUUCUCUGCUCAUUCCUGCCCUUCAUGACUUUCCUAGAAUCCUGUCCCAGUGAGAGUGGCCAUUUGGAUUGGUGUAUUUUUGAUACUGCUUUUCUGAUCUGAGACUUAAAUUGGCAUCAUAGCUGACCAGCAGUAGAACCUCGGUAAUAAAUUAUAACCCCCUCCCAAACUUGUUCCAGCUGGAGGUGCCUCUCUUUCACGUCUGUAGUUUCUGCUUCAGCAAUUAGAGUUUUUAUGGGUUGAGGCGGUUCAAGGUUUGAUGGAAUUACAACAUUCCCUCUCCCUCCCCACUGGCAACAGCUACAUCAAGUGCAGGCAGUAUCCCGUCUUGCUGAAAGAGCUGACAAAUUUGCUGUAAAAUCACCUUGUUAUUCAUUGCUGUCCUAUAUGGUCUGACCAAAUAUAUUUGCACCCACUUGUUGAAGACCGAUACUACCCCCUUUCUCAGUCUGGUAGGGAUCCUUUCGGCUCUAGACGUCACCUGACAAAGGGGCAGCUCUCUGAACGCUUGUGAUUUCAAAUAAACCUGUUGGACUAUAAA